AUGGCCCUCACGGACAACUACAUGCUGUGGACUUGGGCCCUAUUCUUGAUGCUCAUCGCGACAGGUAAAUACUCGACCUUUCCCCCUUCUCCUCACCUUUCCCCUGCCAUCCCACCGAUAACAUUUCGACACAAACACUUCACAACUUAUCUAACUAUCACCACCACCACCGAACUAGGACUUUACGUCUAUCGCUCUCGCUGGUUGCCUCCUAUAUCCAAUAUGAUCUCCCAACAUACCUACCACAGGCUGAACUCUUCUUUCGAAUCCGACAUUGAAGCUGGACUAAGGUACGCUUGAUACCCCCGCUGCUCGUCAGCACCCACCCAGCCUCUUCCGGCUGGCCUUUCUUAUUAUUUUCAGUCACGUUAACGUGCUUUAGUUCCGAUGACUUCAACCUUUCCGGAAAUCUUGCCGGUGGAGAUGCACGAGGCGGCCUGGACCUUGCAUCGAAGAAAGAAGUCUUGAGAAUUAUGAAGGGUCAAAGAGUCAACUUUGACGAGGCCCGACGGAUAUUCAUGGAGCAGAAGCUGUUGAAGAACGGCAUAGCUGCGGAUGGGAGACCUAUGGGUUUGUCAACCUGGAUGCCCCCUUUCCGGUCUUGUCCUUUACUGAUGUUUCAUGAUUAUAGAUCCCAGAGCUGUCUUCUUCUCUUGAGCUAUCACUUUUCUUUUUAUCUCCUUUGUUUUGGGAUUCAUACGGGUUGUGGAAUGGAGUUUGUUCGGUUGGGGAAAUCAUUUUUAUCAUUCCACUAUCUGCAAUGUUACAGUUACUGUCGGUUGGUUUAUCGGGGAGUAAAGACCCGUGAGAUUCAACAAAACCUCUUUCGUAGCUACGCGAUAUUGUUAGAUGGUGGGUUUUCCUGGUACAGGAAGGAGGGUUGGAUUAUGAGUCAUUUUAUGGUCCCUGAGAAGUGAUCCGAUAGUACCGGUUGUUCUCAUGGGUGGGCCUGGGACGACAUACUUUUUUUUUUUAAACUAUACCUGAGUUCUGUUUUCGA